AUGCGGAACUGGCACAACGUUAUCGACAACGUCUGGACCCCAUGGGAUACGUUCCCCAACUGGCACUCAGCGUAUAGCUUCGGGGAACGACCAUCGCCAUACACUGGUCCCAGUGUGCUGUACAUUGACAGCAGUCCUUGCUUAACCCGAGGCGUAGUCCGAUACCAGGCGGAUCCCGAGGCACCUCCGCCCGCUCCUCUUCCAGGUGUCCUAUCUCGACUGUUCGGGCGGCGUUGGACACCCUCUCACCCUAUCUACUUCACGAGCUCUAUAUGGUACGACAAGGGCGGUUACACCUGCGAGUGCACCCGCGAGGAGUUGUGCCGGGCUUUCCACCGCCUCGUCGGGGACUGGCAGGAGCUGUUCACGCUCGCAUGCGCGGCGUGGUCUGCGUGGGAAGCACCAUUCCUAACCUACUGGGGCCAGGAGCUGGACGUCAAUUGCCCCCAAGUACGCGGGCGCAAGAACCAGCUCUACCACCAGAUAAUACGGGAUGCGAAAAGAUGGAGCGCCUGCGCUACGGAGCUGUGGCGGGAGGUGGAACUGUUCGCGCAGUAUUUGAGCCGCUUCGCCAGAAUGGAGAGCUCAGGGGAGAUGCCCCAUGCUUUCAGCCGGUACCCAGGCAAAGUUGGUUGCAAACUUUCAGCCCGUUUCUCCAGGCCUGUGCGCAUGAAAAAGACAAACGAUAUCGACGACUGGGUGUUCCGCUUCACGAAGAUCAUCAACCAGUACGAGAGCAGCUGGGACAAGCUUCACGGGAUUCACAGCAUGAAGGCGGUUCUGGUCAAGAUUCGUACCGACAUCCUCAAUGCGAAGGGCUACGGACCCAGGGAAGGCGCGAAACACCUCAACGCCGUCACUGGUGUUCGGCAUGUCCCGCCACCACCGGAGAGGGUCGCGCAACCGCGGCGCAUACCUUCACGUCCUGCUGGGCCGCAUCGCGCCACCCCUCGCGCCCGUUCUCCCGAAAGCAUUCAGCUCCUGCGGCGUUCUUCCCCCGAUCCCGAGUCUGGAACCGCCCCCGUGCGACCUGCAGGCUCGGCGUGGGCUUCCGCUGCCCUCAGCGCCUGGCUCCUUUGGUGUGGCGGCCUCGUCAUGACGGGAAUGCGCCUUCAUAGGCUCCAAGAGAUUUCGCAGUUGGCGAUCGCCAUCUGCGGUGUCAUCGGCCAUCGUAUCGGGCACCAUAUGUUCAAGAUUGCGGCCGCCCACAGGGCGGGCCGCUGGCCCACGGCACAGGUGUGGGAGUGGGGUUGUCUGUACGCAGAAACCCCACUCGACCCGCUGCCCGCUGCCACGACUACCCCAGCGGCAGUGGGUCCCGUGGCCGUCACCGCCCAAGACGACCCCUCGGUGACGGCCCCGGCCCGCACCUCUGCGGACGACGAGCAUGUGCGCUCCCCUCUCCCAUCGCCCGAGGGCGACACUGAGGAGGACGAGGGCGACACUGAGGAGGACGAGGGCGACACUGAGGAAGAAGAAUGCCACCCGUAA